AUGGAUCGCGAGAGGCAGGUGUUCACCGUCGAUCUCCUGGAGAGGUACGCGACGAAAGGGCGCGGCGUGAUCACUGCCAUGGCGGCCGGUAACGACGUCAUUGUGCUGGGAACAAGCAAGGGAUGGGUUAUUAGGCACGAUUUCGGUGUCGGUGAUUCUUACGACAUAGACCUUUGCGCGGGGCGACCCGGCGAGCAAUCGAUCCACAGAGUGUUUGUUGAUCCUGGAGGAAGUCACUGCAUUGCCACUGUCGUUGGUGCUGGUGGUGCUGAGACUUACUAUACUCAUGCCAAGUGGAGCAAGCCGCGUUUAUUGGGCAGACUGAAAGGUCUUGUUGUAAAUGCAGUUGCCUGGAAUAGGCAGCAGAUUACAGAAGCUUCUACCAAGGAAGUCAUUCUUGGCACCGACAACGGCCAACUUUAUGAGAUCGCUGUUGAUGAGAAGGAUAAGAGGGAGAAGUACAUAAAGUUUUUAUAUGAAUUGAAAGAACUACCACAAGCUUUUAUGGGCUUGCAGAUGGAGACCGCUAGUUUAGAAAAUGGAACCAGAUAUUAUGUGAUGGCUGUUACUCCUACGCGGCUCUAUUCCUUUACUGGAAUUGGAUUGCUGGAAACUGUUUUUGCUAGUUAUUUGGAUCGCGCUGUUCAUUUUAUGGAAUUACCUGGAGAAGUACCAAACAGCGAACUGCAUUUCUUUAUCAAGCAAAGAAGAACGACACAUUUUGCAUGGCUUUCAGGAGCAGGUAUCUACUAUGGAGGGCUAAAUUUUGGAGCACAGCAUAGUUGUCCAAAUGGUGAUGAAAAUUUUGUUGAGAACAAAGCGCUUCUAGAUUACUCAAAACUAAGCAAAGGUUCUGAAGUUGUUAAGCCAACUUCUAUGGCUGUUUCAGAAUUCCAUUUCUUACUUCUCAUUGGAAACAAGGUUAAGGUCGUGAACAGAAUUAGUGAGCAUAUAAUAGAGGAACUCCAUUUUGAUCUGACAUCAGAAUCAGCUUCAAGGAGUGGUAUUAUUGGGUUAUGCAGCGAUGCCACUGCUGGCUUGUUCUAUGCAUAUGAUCAGAAUUCUGUCUUCCAGGUCUCUGUCAAUGAUGAGGACCGAGAUAUGUGGAAGGUGUAUCUUGACAUGAAAGAAUAUGCUGCAGCUUUAGCAAAUUGUCGUGAUUCAUUUCACAGGGAUCAAGUAUAUUUGGUCCAGGCAGAUGCUGCGUUUUCGUCGAGGGAUUUUGAAAGAGCGGCAUCCUUCUAUGCAAAAAUUACCUAUAUACUAUCAUUUGAGGAAGUCGCCCUCAAGUUUAUCAGUGCAGGAGAACAGGAUGCUUUGAGGACUUUCUUGCUGCAUAGGCUAGAUAAUCUCACAAAAGAUGAUAAGUGCCAGAUAACAAUGAUUUCGACAUGGGCAACUGAAUUGUACUUGGACAAGAUAAAUAGGCUUCUUUUGGAAGAAGACAGUACAGUGGAAAAUCAUGGUGUUGAGUAUCAGUCCAUCAUUCAAGAAUUCUGUGCUUUCCUCAGUGAUUCUAAAGAUGUCCUUGACGAGGCAACAACAAUGAAACUUCUGGAGAGUUACGGGCGGGUUGAAGAACUAGUAUAUUUUGCUGGUCUGAAGGAGCAGCAUGAGAUUGUUAUUCAUCACUAUCUACAGCAAGGAGAAACAAAAAAAGCUUUGGAACUACUUCAAAAGCCAGCUGUGCCUAUAGAUCUCCAGUACAAGUUUGCUCCAGAUCUCAUUGCUCUUGAUGCAUACGAAACUGUGGAGUCUUGGAUGGGGACAAAAAACCUAAACCCGCGGAAAUUGAUUCCUGCAAUGAUGCGCUAUUCAAGUGAACCCCAUGCAAAGAAUGAAACUCACGAGGUCAUCAAGUACCUAGAGUUCUGUGUUCAUCGUUUGUAUAAUGAGGAUCCUGGAAUUCACAAUUUGCUUUUAUCUCUCUAUGCUAAGCAGGAAGAUGAUAGUUCACUUCUACGGUUCCUACAAUGCAAGUUUGGGAAAGGACGAGAUAACGUACCUGAUUUCUUCUAUGAUCCGAAGUAUGCCCUCCGCCUUUGCCUCAAAGAGAAGCGAAUGCGAGCUUGCGUUCAUAUAUACAGCAUGAUGUCCAUGCAUGAAGAAGCAGUUGCUCUUGCUCUGCAGGUCGACCCUGAGCUUGCAAUGGCUGAAGCUGAUAAAGUGGAAGAUGAUGAAGACUUGAGGAAGAAGUUAUGGAUGAUGGUCGCCAAGCAUGUUAUUGGACAGGAAAAGGGAACUAAGAGGGAGAACAUAAGAAAGGCCAUAGCAUUUCUUAAAGAAACUGAUGGGCUGUUAAAGAUUGAGGAUAUACUUCCCUUCUUUCCAGACUUUGCCCUGAUUGAUGACUUUAAGGAAGCAAUAUGCUCAUCAUUGGAGGAUUACAACAAGCAAAUUGAAGAGCUGAAACAGGAGAUGAAUGAUGCGACGCACGGUGCAGACAAUAUAAGGAAAGAUAUCAAUGCUCUUGCUCAGAGAUAUGCUGUCAUUGAUAAAGAUGAGGACUGUGGGGUUUGUAGAAGGAAGAUAUUGAAUGUGGGUGGGGAUUAUCGCAUCUCUAGAGGAUACACAUCUGUGGGACCAAUUGCUCCCUUCUACGUAUUCCCCUGCGGGCAUGCCUUCCAUUCAGAAUGCUUGAUUGCUCAUGUAACACGAUGUACCACUGAAUCACUGGCUGAGUGUAUUCUGGACCUGCAGAAGCAACUUACUUUGUUGGGCGAUGGAACUAGAAAAGACCUAAACGGCAGCAUGGCUGAAGAUUCGGUUUCAAGCACAACUAAUGCAGAUAAGCUGCGGUCUCAAUUGGAUGAUGCAGUAGCCGGGGAGUGCCCCUAUUGUGGUGAGUUGAUGAUCAGAGAAAUCUCUUUGCCUUUCAUCCUUGCCGAGGAAUCACAGGAGGUGGAUUCGUGGACAAUCAAGCCAACCAACAAUCUUCUGAACCUUAGGAGCAUAUCUCUGCCCUCUUGA